AUGUCGUUGGACAUCUUCAAGUCCCUCAACCUUGAAGGGCUCAACCUCAACUUCUGGGAGGCGAAGAGCAACGAGGAGGUGCGGUUGCCGGAGUCGCAAGAGCUGCCACCCGAGCCUCCAUUGAACAAGGAGUUCGUGGAGGACACCUUCACCCGUGUUGGGUCCGUGGGCUUCUCUCGGGUCGAGUCGAACGCGUCAGAGAGGAGGAGGAGGUAUGGCUCUCCCGAUGUCGAGUUCAAGAGGACGAGGAGCAGGGAGUCGGUGGCAAGCCAGACCAUGGCGUACCAGAACGCGCUGCAAGAGCUGCAGGAGCUCAAGAAGGAGAACAACAUGCUGCACCUCAUGAAGAAGAAAUACGUGUACAGGAGGGACAGGCUGCUAUCGACAGAAGAGAACGCGCACAUGACCUUCGCCAAGGAGGCGCCUCGGAGCAUCGUGGAGGAGGAGAGGACGAGGAUACACGGGUACGUGGACUCCAACGUGUCCGUCCCGACGAGGAAAUCGGGGGACCAUGCGAUGCUCGAGAUCUCAAGGAACCGCACGUCCAACUUCCGCUGCGCCAGCCCCGUGGGCACACUCGUCCUGCGAGACUGCGACAGCGUCUUCGUCAUGGUGGAGGCGUGCUCCAAGCUCUACAUCGAGAACUGCUCGCACAGCCGCGUCGUGGUGGGGUCCUGCCUGCCUCCUGCUAGCAUCGUCUCCAGCGAGGACUGUGUCAUCCUGUGCCACAUCGACUCUGAUCACCGGGUGUCGAUCUCGAGCAGCUGCAGCAAGGGGAUAGUCAUCAGAUACCUCGAGAGAGCAGUGGAGGACGCGGUCGCGUUGCUGGAGAGUCAAGCAGAGGCCAAGUCCGUCACCAUCCCGUGCCUGCUCAACGCUAAUGUCCACGGAACGAUCAUCGAGUGCUCGCUCAAGCUCGACGACGACGACGAUGACGACGAUCCGCAGGACCAGAUUGUUCAGUUCCUUUGUAGGAAGGAUUUGCUGUUGGUGGACUCAGAACGCUCGUACACGAGGGGGGCAGGAGAGACCUUCAUCAAAGUUGAAGCGAAGGAGAAGGAGAAGGAGAAGGAGGAGAUUCAGCCGCAGCAGCCGCAGAGGCAGAGGGAGGCGAAGAAGCCCCUCAAAGAGACAAAGAGAGUCAUCCCUAACGCGACUUUCCGGAGGAGGAAGAACUCCGUCAUCGAUUAA